AUGGACGCGGCCGACGGCGGCGACGCGCUGUUGAAGAUGGGGCUGAUCGAGAAGCUCAAAGACGUCGCCAGGGCGGUUGCGAACGCGGACGCCGUCGCCGCCGCGUCGACGACGGCGGCGGCGGCGGCGCACGAGGCUGCGCUGAUGUGCUUCCCCCCCGAGGACUUUCUCCCGGAGCUGCCGCCUUUACCGAAGAUACCGACGACGCCGUCGCCGCCAAAGGCGAGGUGGCCGGGGACGUGGCGCGAUGUCAUGACGCGGAACGAACCCACGGUGCUUCCGUUGCACGCCGUCGUCCCGGAGAUUUGGAGGUUUCGCGUCCGCGCCGACGACGGGGCGUGGCGAAACCUCGAGGGCGACGAGCUGUCCGACGCGCUCAAGGCUGUCCUCGACGCCGCGCUCACCCCGGAGGCGCUCGAGCAGCUCACGGUGGAGCCGCCGAGUUUAGUCGAGGAAGAGACGGGAACGGACGUCGCGUUCUACGAGAAGGGUCAGGAGCGCCGCGGGUGCCGAAAUCUCGAGACGAAAUCCGUCCCCGCGGAGGAGACGCUUCCGCUCGCGUCGACGAGAACGUUCCCGCCGCCGUGCGCGUACGCGGGCCUGCGAUUCGCGCUCCUCGCGCUGGGUGACCCGGCGUACGAGGAAGCGUUCGCGCCCAAGCCGAGAGAGGGUACGGAGGAAGGAGACGCGGAGGGCGACGCGGCGGCGGAGACUCUGAUCGAGCCGGAGCCCCGAGACGCGUGGGGCUCGGACGCGCUGAAGUCGGCGCUCGCGCCGGAGGGAGAGCUGGCGAGGCGGCUGACCGAGUUCGUGUGGGCGGAGCGACCGCCCGUGAGGGAGGCUGCUCCCGGCGCGGAGGAAGACCCUAACGCGGAGGACGCGGAGGACGCGUCGCCGCCGAGGCCCGGGAUCGAGACGGCGGAGGUGCGUUCUCCUUACACUGGUUCCCAUACGACCGCGUUCGCGUGGUGA